AUGUUUGAAGUGAGUGGUCUCCUUAAAAAAAAUUUUUUUUUCAUUUUCAAUACAUGCGUUCUUAGGAAUGGCGUUCCCCUGGUGGCGUUUGGCCGUCGAAAGUUGGAGCCAAUGUCCAUUAUCCCUUAUUAUUUUGAGGGAAGCCAUGGGCCAGCAAAUUCUCUUCUUGAGAGUUCACGGGAUCAUAGGCUAAAAACGUCAUACAGCACCGGGAACAGCAGAAUCGUCCUUGGACAAAACUUUAUCCAAGAAGAUCCCGGGGCCCUUCCCCGUUCCAACGCCGCAGCGGUGGGAAAGCGCGGCAAAAAACCAAGAAAAAAAAAACCGCAGACCGGCAACAAUCACAGGCACUCGCCUGUUCUAUUGAGGCGAAAGGCGGCAUUUGCCGGUAGGGCUGCGGUGUGCCGGAGGGUCGCUGUUCCCCGGCUGCUCACCGCCCCACAGGCAAAAAGAGCCAAACCCCGCAACAACACCGCAGCAGCACCAACACACACGCGCCGAACCUGCCCUGCACCGCAAAACAACGGCCCCAGCAUCGCCCCCAAAGAGGGGGUAUCGGCAAUGAAAAUGGGUUUUGCCACGCCUCUUUUCGCCCAUUCAUUCCCGCCCGAAACCCGGCGGCAGGGCACCCCGCAUGGAGUACAACCUCAAUUUCCUGCGGCGCCUUGUGCCGCCUAG